UAUUGUUAUUAUUAUUAUUUAUUUGUAUACAGUUUUUACAUUGUGGGAAAAAACGUACGCCAUUAUGAAAAGCGUUUCUGUGGCAACCAAAAAGAACCCGCCUUCAGGCAUAUAUUAUUGGCUAGUUUGGUCACAUGUUUAAUUCUGAUUGGUUCACCCAGCCGCCACUUACUCUAAGUUAUUUUGACCGAAGCGUCUCCCUGAUUUUGGACCGUCACGCAGCGUAAAGAGAGACCUACCCAUCUCAACGUGAUUUCUUUGUUGGCGGUGGAGGAAGGGGGCAACGUGUGAUGAGAUGCUAAGAGGAUAACAGAAACGUCCCAUCAUGAAUCCUGCUGAAAUCCCCUUUGUCAGAGUGAACGAAGAGAAAGUCAUCUCAAAGUCAGAGCUGUUGUCCCUUUUAAAAACCUAUAACUGCUACCAUGAAGGAAAGAGUUUUCAGCUUCGUCUUCGAGAGGAACGGGGUGAGUUGAUCAUGGAAGGUUUACUCAAUAUCUCCUGGGGCCUGAGGAGGCCAAUCAGCCUGCAGAUGCAGGAUGACCAGGAGCGCUUCCAUUUCGCCAAUGUAGGAUUAUGGAGGCCAGAGAACCCAGGGACAGACCGUAGGAAUGAAAACCAACAGAGCCUCAUUCACUUGUCAUUUGAGUCCAACAACAAUGAAGUUACUGUACCAGCAAAAAGCAGUGCUGAUGGUCUUAGUUCAGAAGACGAAACUCCUCAACUUCCGAGAACAAGAAGUGAUGCCAGCUUCAUGAACGUCCAAAGAAGAUCAAAACAGCGAUCCUCAGGAGACUUACAAAGGGUUAAAAGACAUCGCUUCUCCAUAAAUGGGCAUUUUUACAACCACAAGACCUCGAUCUUUACCCCAGCUUAUGGGUCAGUCACUAAUGUUCGAGUGAGCAGUUCAAUGACAACGCAACAAGUGCUCAGUCUGCUCCUGAAUAAAUUUCGGGUGGAAAAUAAAGCAGAUGAAUUUGCCCUUUAUGUCGUCCACGAAUCAGGAGAAAGGACAAAGAUUAAAGACACUGAAUAUCCCCUGGUGUCACGUGUGCUUCAUGGCCCAUGUGAAAAAAUUGCCAAGAUUUUUAUUAUGGAAAAGGAUCUUGGUGAAGAGGUCACAUGUGACGUUGCGCAAUACAUUAAGUUUGAGAUGCCAGUAUUGAACAGCUUCGUCACAAAACUGAAGGAAGAAGAGGAGAGAGAGAUUUCAAAACUGACAGAAAAGUAUGGUGUAUUGAAAUCAAUGAUACAACAGCAGCUAAAGGACAUUUCUUAAAGUGCAGAGUGUAUGUGACAAAGUGUAGAUUUUUUUUUUACUUGUUUUUGACUGAGAAAAUACUAGAUGCAAUAAGUUUUAUACUUAGUAGUUUGCAAGUACCAAUAGAAUACUCAGGAGUAACACAAGAUUACUAGAUGCUACUGUUAAAAAUACUUUAUAAAGCACUUAAGUAUUUUGAAAUGCUCUUUUGUUAGAAUUAGUUACAUUUAUUGAACUACAUAUCAUGACUUUACACUGAAUGUAUUUGGUUGAACGUAUUACACUGUUUUUUUUUUUUGUUUUUUUUUAAGUAUAUAAUAAAACUGUUUUUUAUACAAA